UAGCCUGUGGUCCUGUCCCCGCCCGAGCAGGUGGCUCGCCCCUCCCCUGGGCAGGUACACACUGCUGGAGAGGUGGCCCGUCUGCGCCCUCCUCCUGGCCUUAUAUGAGGCUCCACUCGGACACCCGGGCAUGGAGUACACUGCUCGACCUCAGCUAUGGAGUUGGAUGAGCUGUGCCUGCUCGACAUGCUGGUCUACUUGGAAGGUUUCAUGGCCUUCGUGUCCAUUGUGGGGCUCCGGUCGGUUGGCUCUCCGUACGGCCGCUACUCGCCGCAGUGGCCCGGCAUCCGAGUGCCCGCGCGACCUGCCUGGUUCAUACAGGAGCUGCCCUCGAUGGCCUGGCCGCUGUACGAGUACAUUCGUCCUGCAGCCGCGCGACUGGGCAACCUGCCUAACCGCGUCCUGCUGGCUAUGUUUCUGAUCCACUACGUGCAAAGGACGCUGGUUUUCCCGGUUCUGAUCAGGGGAGGGAAGCCCACCCUCCUGGUCACCUUUGUCUUGGCCUUCCUGUUCUGCACCUUCAACGGCUAUGUACAGAGCAGAUACUUGAGCCAGUUUGCGGUUUAUGCUGAAGACUGGGUGACCCAUCCCUGUUUCCUGACAGGCUUUGCCCUGUGGUUAGUGGGCAUGGUGAUAAAUAUCCACUCAGACCACAUCCUGAGGAAUCUGAGAAAACCAGGGGAAACUGGAUACAAGAUACCCAGGGGAGGCCUGUUUGAAUACGUAUCUGCAGCCAACUAUUUUGGGGAGCUCGUGGAGUGGUGUGGCUUUGCACUGGCCAGCUGGUCCCUCCAGGGUGUAGUGUUUGCACUGUUCACACUCAGCACACUGCUCACCAGAGCGAAGCAGCACCAUCAGUGGUACCAUGAGAAGUUUGAAGAUUACCCCAAGUCAAGAAAAAUACUGAUUCCAUUUGUGCUUUAGUGCUCUGUUAGCGCUGUUGCCUCCCAUGAGCUGAGUCUGUCUGUCUCCCUGGUGACUUUGCUCUGAGCACUUACGAAUGAAUUGUUUUCCUUAAUUCUCCUGCAGCCCCUUUCUCAGGAAAGGCUGGGGGUGGGGGGGUGUCGUCCCCUGGUAAAGGACAAAGCCAAUGAUAAACUAAUCCACCACAUGCAGUUAGGGGCUACACUGCCUGCUGGAUCCGAAGCAGGUAGCCCUGAGUCAUUAUGGCGCUCUCUGACUUCAGCAAUCAGCAGCCCUUACAAUCCUGCAAGGAUUCCACCCAAGUCAGCAGCAGUCACGGGCCUCCUUCACUGAUGUGUGUUCUGCCUGCUCAGCCCCUGCCACAGAGGCCUGGAGGUGUGGGAGUGUGGCCUAAGCACAGUCUGCCAUCCUUGACCGCAGACCUCUUGGACCCACCCCCACUCCCUCCAGACACUGGUAAGAGAAGCCUUCCUGCAACAUGUCCUGUCCUCAGGAGGUGAGACAGCAGAGUGCUUCCAUUCACUCGAUGACCCCAUUUUUGCUCUUCCUUUGGGCUAGAAUUCAUUAAGGUCCUUAAAAACAAAACAAAACUUUUUCUUAAUAGUACAAAACAAAAUAUCAAAACAAAAUUUGUUAUUUUGAAUGCACCCAAGGACCAAUCAUGUCACACAAAGAAAGCUCAGGGCUAGCCUGGGCUGUGUAGGGAGACCCUGUUUGGGAAAAAAAAAAUGAAGAUAACAACCAGCUAACUGUCCAAAGAAGUGACCGCAGUAAUAAAAGACGCCGCCCACACAGGCACCAGCUUGGGAGAAAGAUGUGCGCCUGGGAUUGUAAACCCACUGUUGCUCUGGGCAGGCUGAGGCCCACUGGUGAAGAGCCAUUCCCACCCGACCCAUGCACACUGCCUCGGGGCAGCGUCUGCACUCACCUCUCACCCGCUGCCACCACAGCUAAAGAACAGAACGGAUAGAACUGUGUGCUCUGAACCCAGUGAAGAUGCCGCAUGAAGACCUGCAGGCACACCUGAUGGCGUGCACGGUGCCCACCACUCGCCUGACUCGGACCAUCUCUGUGUGCCCGUUGCCACCUCUGUGUGCCCUUUCCAGCUGGCUUUCCCAUCAGGGCUUCCUCAGCUCUUCUGCUCUCAGACAGAAACUAUUCUCUGUUCCUCUGGUUCGCAGAAUGUCUAGAUUUGACCCAGAAAACUUCAUGACACAGCUACUUCAUUUUAACAAAGAGCAGUGUUUAAUGGGGAACUACCCUUCAAUCCUUUACCCUCCCCUUUUCUGGCCAAGUAACUGCUUGAAAACCUAAAGCACUAAACAUUGUAGGUCUCCUCUCAAAACCUCAGGCCUGUCUGGUGUGUUCUGAAACGUUUGUGUGGAAGGAGAUAUUCAGCUGAGACCCUGGGAAUGUUUGCUGUGAACUUGACCUCCCUUGGAGGGCAUGGUGCUAGAUAAACUUGGAACCUAGGACUCCAGGUUGCUAGGCAGAUGCCCUGACACUAAGCCACAUCACACAUUAGCUCUGUGAUGCCUCUUUCUUUAUGAAGGACCAAGCUGCCCACAUACUAAGUGAGAUUAAUUUAAGAGGAACCCUGUCCUAACACUGUAUACUUCAUUCCCUACAACUCAACUUACUUGUAUGAACCAUGAUUGUUAAGGAAAUUAAUAAACUACAUUUAUAAGUA